AUGCAGCAGAAGGAUUUACAGCAGAGUGGCGAGAAAGAUAUCACAGUUGAGGCUAUUCUUGCUCCUACUAGUGGUUCCCCAAAUGAUCCAGACGAUUCGGACGCUGAGGAGGAGGUGCUGUUGUGUCCUUUGGAACUAGAUGCUGCGACCGUAACAGCAGGCUUAGCUGCUUACGAAAAACUGCUUUGGAAGCAUGGGAUGUAUAAAGCGGCCAGCGCAGCACAAUAUGCCAGAGAGGAAAUCUUCCAUGAAAGACGGAAUGCAAAGCAAAAGCAACUCAUAAACAAACGCAAACAAGAUGCAUCAAAUAGACCUCAGAGCAUACUUCCCAACAAGAAAACCAAACAGAAUUGA